AUGUGGAUUGUACUGUUGCUGUGGGCGGGGCUCGUUCACCUGUCUGUCACUCACACCGACUCCCUCACCUGGCUGAAUUACCUGCGCAGUCGAGCCUACAGACACAGCUACGACAGAAGCCAGGACAGCUACUACUCCUCCCUUCAGGCAGAAUCUGCAGAUCUGGACUGCCCGCUUGAGUGCGAGUGCCCCGCUGCCUAUCCGUACGCCAUGUACUGCCACAACCGAAACCUCCAACAUGUGCCCUUUGUGCCCACCCGGAUGAAGUACGUAUACCUGCAGAACAACAGGAUCACGGGGAUUAUGGACGGGGUGUUCGACAACGCUACAGAGCUGGUGUGGAUCAUCCUGCACAUGAACCAGCUCAGGACAGACAGAAUAAGCAGCAAGGUCUUCUCCAAGCUGUCUAAACUGGAGCACCUGUUCCUUCAGUACAACAAACUAGACCAAAUUCCUGAAGGACUACCUCCAUCCCUUCAAGACCUGCGCUUGAACCACAACACCAUCACAUCCGUUCCAGCAAGUUCCUUGCAUGGACUGAGCCAUCUGAAGUCACUGCGUCUCCACCAUAACAACAUCAAGGAUCUUGAUGCCGCUCUGAAGCCUCUGUCCUCGCUAAAUAUCCUGUAUUUGAGUGGAAACCAGCUAACGAAGAUCCCUGAUUACCUUCCAUUCACACUGAGCCAGCUGUAUCUGGAGCACAACCAGAUCUCCUCCAUCCCCUCGAGCUUACUAAAAGGGCGACCUGAGCUGCGAUUUGUGAGGCUAUCGCAUAAUAAUCUGGCAGACGCUGGAAUCCCAGCCAAUACUUUUAAUGUAAGUACGCUGUUGGAGCUGGACCUGUCCCAUAACAAGCUCGAGAGGAUCCCAGCAAUCAGCACCAGUCUGCAGAAUCUCUAUCUGCAGGGCAACCACAUAAAAGAGUUCUCCAUCAGCAGUUUCUGCCGAACUGUGGACGUGACAAACUACUCAAACCUGCACGUUCUUCGCCUGGAAGCGAACAACAUCAGCGCCCGUGACGUUCCUCCAGAAGCUCUGCUCUGCCUGCGCAAGGCCACACACAUCAACCUUUAACUAUCAAAACAAUAACGUUAUGCCAACUAGAAUGGAUAGCAAUAAUUUAGCCUUUUAUUUUGCUGUAUAUGAGAGG